GUACAAUAUGCUAGUUAGUCGAAUGAUAAGUGUUAAGUGCCGCCUGCCUUUGGUUUUCAUACAACUAUUUUAAAUAGGAAGUUUGUGGCUUUUGGUAUCACAGGAAUUUAUAAAUCUAAUUAAAACGGGAUGUUGCUGAAAAUGGUGCUGGUGUCUGCGAUCAUAGUGGCCUUCACAGCCGUGUUCUUCCGUCCCAGGUUCCCGGAGACCGCCAGCAACGUAGGAACGAAAACUGCGCGUGGACUCGCCAUGAAACUAUUACAACUAUUGGAAUUUUGCGGAAGUUUGGUUGGGAUCUCACCCGUGGUGACGAGCAGGGCAUUGGCAAGCGGGCUUCUCUUCGCCGGAAAGUCAGCGCCGGAUAUUCAAGAAACAACUACUGAGAUUGAGGGUGUGGAGGUGCUUAUAUUGCGACCAACCGGACAGACGGACAAACUGCGGCCCGGCAUCAUACACAUACACGGAGGUGGCUGGGUCUUCAUGUCCCCAGCCCAUUACCGACCAUUUACCCAGGCCCUGUCACGACAGACCGGCAGUGUAGUUAUAUCUAUCAACUACCGCUUGGCCCCUGAGUAUCCAUUUCCGAUCCCGUUUGAAGACUGUCUGAAAGCUACACGCAGGAUUCUAAAAAAACCUGAAAAAUACGGAAUCGAUCCACGAAAGAUCGGAAUUAUUGGUGACAGUUCUGGCGGAAACCUUGCAGCCGCCGUGUCUCUUAACAUAACCAACCACGAUGGUCUUCGGACGGAUCACUUCCGGUUUCUAGCAUUGUUAUAUCCGGCCCUUCAGAUGACGGACUUCCAAAUUCCGGCGUACCGUGACAACCAGUACGGUCCUGGCUUCCUCGACAAACACCGCAUGCUCUCUUUCUGGCUCUGGUAUGCGUUUGGUGACCUUGAGCAUUACGAUCCAUUUUGGGAUAACCGCCAUUUUGGCGAAAUUGACGAGAAACAUAAGAGGAUGGUCAGUGUAAAAUUACUGCCGGAUUUUUUACGAAAAGAAAACACUGAUUCCAAGUCGCAGUUGAACUCAAAGUUUACUGACGCGAGGCUUCCAGACAAUUAUAAAGACAUUUUGUUAAAUCCAAUGUUUGCCCCUUUGAUGGCCUCAGAUGAAGAACUUUCCAUGUUUCCACCCACCUACAUAGUGAACGCGGAAUUUGACGUACUGCGAGAUGACGGGUUCAUGUUUGCGGAGCGUUUAAAACGUGUUGGUGUCAGGGUGAAGCAUUCUUACCUGCCAUCGGAAGAACACGGGAUUCUCAUGUUUCCGGAAAACGAUUUAGAAGCAAAACAAGCUUUUGGUGACUUAGUUGAAAACUUAAAUGAAGCUUUGAAAUAGUUUUUUUUCAUAAGUUAUUUUGUCGUGCAACGAAUAAUUCGUCAUCUUAAUACAUUAUGUAAAAGCUCAGCAACUUCAUUUUUAGAUGCACUUAUUUAGUUCUUGCACUUGGGCGACUAUAUGUAAUCCAAUCGCUUUAUGUGUUCAGUUUGAUUGAUAUUAUAGAACGUAGCUAUUUUUAGAAUAAAUGUUUAAUCAGUUAGUUUUACCAAACAAGUACUAGUGACCCAAACCAUUAAAAUAAUUAAAAAUGUAGCUAAAUAAAACAAACUGUUUUGCCCAUUCACUGUAUACCUAUCUCUUUUUCUGUGUGUAAUCAUUUCAGACAUUUAUACCCCAGCAUACCAUUUCUUUCCAUUAUAUCUAUAUUAUGAUACAAAUGUAACUAUGUAGCCGCACAUGCAGUGCUUUUAAUCAGAAUGGCUGCUGAACCCUGCUUGUACGGGUACGUGUGCAUGUGGACUUCUUUAUGUAUACAUUGUACACAUUUAGCAUUCAUAAUUAUAAAUACGAUAGCACGAGGAUCGUUUUUUAUUCGAGAAAUUUAGUGUUUUAGUGUAUUAGUAAUUAAAAAAAAGAUUCCCAAUGAAGUGUUUUAUUGCAUAAAUAAUGAAUGCCUAAGCGCAAAUUUACGAAAUUAAGUAUGGCAUAUCAUUAGGAGUGUUAAAACUAAGAUACGGACGACUUGAACCCUUCAACAAAUGUUGAAAUAGGCUCAAGUUUUGUCGUUGGAGAUCACGAUUUUGAAAAUCGUUACUAACGCGAUUCAACAAAAAGCUGUAUUGUGAUUGGUUGAUUAACAUUAUUUCGUGAUGCCAUAAACGUUAUCCCUUCAAUAAAGGUUAAAAUAUCCGUCAGCUUACUUUAAGCGCUUUUGGGCGAGUGUAUAUGGUAAAAAAAUCUUAAAAAUACAGCGUGGGUCUACUUCCACUAGAGCCAUGUGUUUUUAUACUUAACCCCUGCCUAACCCAGAGUGUCACCCUCAUCCUAACCCAGAUUGUCGCCCUAACCUUACCCCGCUGGUCCGGCAGUGAAAACUCAGUCUAUCCGUAAAUGUUCAUGGGUGCUGGGAGACGUUUAUUCCCGGAAGUCAGUCCGGGUAA